UAUUUAAUAAUUAAAUAAUUUUUCAUUGUUUUAACAUCUAUUCGGAUCGCAAGUAACAAGAGUUACAAAAUGUCGAGUGCAAUAGCUCUGAAGCGAAUUAAAAGGGAAUUGAUCGGCAUCACCAGAGAUCCACCAGAUUAUUGCUCGGCUGGACCUAUCGACGACAACAUGUUUAACUGGCAAGCUAUUAUCAUGGGUCCACCCGAUAGUCCUUACGAAGGAGGCGUCUUCUAUCUAAACAUUCGCUUCUCCCGCUAUUACCCGUUUCGACCUCCAGAAAUUAAUUUCGAAACCAAAAUUUACCAUCCAAACAUCUAUAGAGAUGGUAGCAUUUGUUUGGACAUCUUAUCAAGCAAGUGGUCUCCGGCGCUGACCAUUUCGAAAUUGCUACUUUCCAUCUGUUCGCUUCUGUGCGAUCCAAACACCGAAGACCCUUUAGAUCUUUACGUGGGCGAAUUAUACGAGACCGACAGAGAAAGAUAUAACGAAGAAGCGUGUGAAUGGACUAUGAGAUACGCAAUGGAAUAAUGAAAAUUAUUUUCUGAAAGAUUUGAUUCGUCGUUUUCGGUCGAUUUUUUGAUUUCUUUCUUCUUUUUAUUCUUUACCAGAAUAUUUCUAAAUUCACAAAAUUUCGUCGUAAAUCUGGCUAAUGUCUAAUAAAAUGGCGCUAUAUAUAGUUGGUACAGAUGUGUCAUCGGGAGAUAACGUUUGGUAAAAUUUUAUGAUUUCAUUUGUUUUAUAGAAAUGCUAUAAGAAUGAAGCUGGCUUCGCAAAUAAUAUUUAUUUUGUUUGUAGCAGGUCGUUCUGUGUUGCUAGGAAGUUGUUUUGCCAGGCGCCAACUCGUCAAGGUGGAUUUACUCUUUAUCCCAAUGAAGUUUUAAGAAUAUAAUAGAAUUAUUUCAGGAGUUUCAAUGCAGCGAGAAACUACAAUCAUUGAAAGGAGUUCGUACUCCUUAUCCCAAAAUAAAAAAUAAAGCAUUCAUACCUUUAUGGGCAAUACUUUUGAUUGUAGCCAUUAUACUAAUAUGCAUUCUGAUGGUUGUGUGGUACUUAUGCCGUUUGAGAUGAUUUGAUCACAUCAGUCAGUAUGUUAAAAAGUAAAUGUUCAAUUAGAUAUUUACGCACCGCUACGUUGUGAAAUGUUACUAUCAAAUGUGUCUUUGUUAGUGUUCAGUUUUGGAUAAAUGUUUUAAUUAAAUAAAGUUACAUAAGUACACUGUUAUGUAGUAUUAAUAUUUCAUUCGUCAAUUUAAUGCACACUUAGGAAUAAUGUAAUUAUUAAUAUUUGAGAAAAAGUUUAGUAUCAUAUACUUAGCAUAAGGUGAUAGUCAAAGUGGAUUAAUAAUAAAUCAUAUUUGCCAGGCUGUAAUUUUUAAUCAUAUUUUAAAAAUCACGUGACUUCCGGUCCAGACCGCAAAUUCACAUAUAGUUAAUCGGGACCACCCGUUCCUAAGUUUUCCAUAUCUGUUCUCAUAAUUAAGGAAAAACGGACGGACGAUAGUAGGAAUCUAUUUUAAAAUUUUAGUCCAACAAGUGAUCAGCAGGACGUCCCAUAAGUCAGGCAUCAUCAUCUCGUCCAUAGGCGUUCUCAGAGAGGGAUAAACGGCGCAUUUUCCCCCUUGGAUUCCACAAAUUACAUUCCACAAAUUACAAUGGUAAAAGUGAUCGAGAUAUGUAACCAUACACUCUCGACCAUAGGACGCUUUGAUGCAAUACUGUAUUCUAUAAUCUACUUGUGAAACCAGGUGUAAUUAUCUGACU